UCCGCCCCGGCGGGCCCGUCCCGCCGCACAGGCCCGUGUCGGCCAUGGCGUCCCCGUCGCGGCGACUGCAGACGAAGCCGGUAAUCACCUGCCUCAAGAGCGUCCUGCUCACCUACACCUUCAUCUUCUGGGUGUCGGGUAUCGUGCUGCUGGCCGUGGGCGUCUGGGGCAAGGUGAGCCUGGCCGUCUACUUCUCUUUGCUGGACGAGAAGGCCACCAACGUCCCCUUCGUCCUCGUCGGCGCUGGCACCGUCGUCGUCCUCCUGGGCACCUUCGGCUGCUUCGCCACCUGCCGCGGCAGCACCUGGAUGCUCAAGCUGUAUGCCAUGCUCCUGUCCCUCAUCUUCCUCAUUGUCCUGGUGGCUGCUGUCGUGGGGUUCGUCUUCAGGCACGAGAUCAAGACAAACUUUGAGGCCAACCUCAGCCUGGCCCUGAGGGACUACAACGUGACGGCAGAUCGGCACAGUGAGGCCGUCGACACCAUCCAGAGAACGCUGCGCUGCUGUGGGGUGCAGAACUACUCGGACUGGGAGAGGACUGAGUACUUCAGGCAGAGGGGCAUCCCCCAGAGCUGCUGCAAGAGCCAGGACGACUGCUCGGAGGAGGAUCUGAAAGACCUGAGCAAAGCCAAGCUUAAAGUGUUCGUGGAUGGUUGUUUUUUCCUGGUAACAUCAACGAUGGAGUCAAGAAUGAGCAUCGUGGCAGGAAUCUCCUUUGGUAUUGCAUGCUUCCAGUUGGUUGGCAUCAUCCUCGCCUGCUGCCUGUCGCAGUACAUCACCAACAAUCAGUACGAGAUGGUGUAGCUGUCCCCCAGCACUGUGGCUCUGACUGGGGUGUGCUCUCCGCAGCCGGGGGGGUUGCCAGAUGCCUCCACCUCCAGUUUGACUCUGGAAUGCCACUUUGUGAAAUCUUGCUUUGAACUGACUGAUCUUCUUCUCAACCAGCUCCUAGAAACGAGUGCAGCAGCUGUCCUGGUGUGCUCAGGGACUUGUCCUCACACUACUGUGCUGUGCCGCCGCCUGGGAUCGUUAAUGUAGCUGUGGUGGGUCCGGCGCGUGCUGCUCUGAUACCGCAGCCCCUGAUGCUGCUGCUGCACACAACCCACGGUGCCAGCAGCCUCGUUGUACUUCUGGUGCUCCUCUUUAGUGCCUCCCUGGUGAAGGUGAUGCUUCCCCUCCACCUCCCCUCACUCUCUGGAUGUGGUUGCUCUCGAGAUGGGGCUGUUGCCCUGUUAAACACAGCCCUGUCUGCCUGAAGCCUGUGGCUCAGCAAGGCCUCGGCUUGUUGCCAAACUCUCUCUGAUCCCUGCCCUGGGUUUUAUAUAGUUUUUUUAUAGUGUACUUUUUAAAGUACAGGCUGUAGUGAUUCUUUGUAAGCUGUAGUGAGGGUUGGUGAUGUAGCUCCUGGUGCCUUUACCUUGGUAGGUGUCCUUGCACCGAGUCAGCUGUGACUUGAUUGUCAGUAUUAUGUGCUGCUUUAACUCAUCUUAUGUAUUGAGUAGAACUCUUUUGUCCUGGGACACAAUAAAUAUUAAGAUAUUUUACUCUAUGAAAA